CCCAAGCCAUCUUCAAACCAGUAACAACUGACAGUCUUCAAAUGCACCACAACUCGGACAUCAGGAAGUUGAGGGUACCUAGCCUAACCUAAGCAACCUACAUAGACCUAUGUAGGUUUAGGUACCCUCGGGCUCGGGCAACCCUCGGGAGUUCCUGAUGGACGGAGACUUGCGACUCGCUGAAAACGCUCCAUUGACUUCAAUUUCACCACAAUUCACUGGCUGGAGCCUGGCGUGUGCUUUUCUUCGCUUUUCUGGCACAAUGCAAAAGUCUGGGCUCGGGAUCUCCCCUUUGACUUCGCUCGAUUCCGUGCCGUUGGGAUGCCCAGUCCCUACCAUCCAAAGGAUAAAACCUUUAGCCUACUGGGCGUACCUCCGGGAGUCUCCAUCGCUUGACAUCCCGCCCCUUUCUGCCCUUUCAAAGAUGGAAAAAAGUUGCGCAGAGCAUGGCACACAAAGUUGA